CUGUGCACUCCUCCACAAUUAACUGUAUGGAACACUAUUGUUGCAUUGUAAAAUGACAUAGAUGUCAAGAUGCUGUUUAAUGCCGCUGGAAUGCUACAUGUAGUACUGUUGGUGGUUAGUUUGCUCGAUCAUGCAGCCGGUGGUGAAUUGAAUGAUGGUACUGAACUUUAUGAAUGCAUAUCAGAUGCUGGAAACUUCGUUGACGUGUUUAGAUUUUGUUGUGACAUUCUCAAGUGCAAAGACAAGUGCUGUGACGAGCCGGAAUUGAUUUGCCAAUGUUGUGCUAGUACUGAAUCUCGGUUAAUGUUGCCUCCUCUGGAAUUAACGAGCAAACUAACUCUGGGUAAAGGAAAGGAGGAUUUGACCUGUACAAUGAAGCCAUACGAACCAGGGAAAGAUUCUCUUAAACCCGAUUUUAGACCCGGGAAGGUACCCGACCAACGACCCGAACAUGUUAUUGAAAUUAAACCUAAUGUGACUGUUGCAACUAGAUAUUAUCUACCAGAGUUAUGUUGUGAUAUCAUGGCUCGUGAUGGGAAGUGUAAGUCUCCUUUUGUGUGUUGCUACACAGACACUAAACCUUUUUGCGCAUGCGGUAGACCAACUAAUGAGGUGGCGUCAAUGUUUAAGUAUGUACCCAUCAGAAGUCAGAGGAAAGGAUCUGUCACUGUAAGCCUUGAUAGAGUGAAAACUGUUACAAGUAGACUGAGAAAUGAUAGCAAGAAUCUUUGUUUCGCUCAAAGUUCAAUGGAAAUCUCAAGAGAUGGAACAGGUCCUGAGUGGGCAUCGAUGAGCAUGAAUACAAUGUGUUGUGAUAUCUGGGGCCCUACCUUUGUAGGAGGAUGCUGUCAUAAACCUGAAUUUCAAUACUGUUAUGACUGUGCAGACGACCCUGCGCGCAGAAAGAAACGACAAAAUGGAGAGAAAAAUUGUCUGGUGCGCGUCUCUAAAGAGAUGAAUUUUAUCAAUAUCAACGGGAAGUCAAGAUCAGUUGCGAAGACCCCAGUAUUUAGCUUUGCUGCGUUUUGCUGUAGUAUUAUGAAAUGCAAGAUGUGUAGGUCUGCCUAUAGAUGGCCAUUCUGCCGUUGCUCCGAUUCAAAGAUACCCGAUAGCAGUUUGUCCCCGAUCCCACGUCACAUUGAUUCUAGGUAUGAUGCGUGUUGUGCUUCUAAAAAUUGUAAGGAAGAUUGCUGUUUCGACGAUGUCUAUCCGUUUUGUAAAUGCUGUCCUUGUGGCCAGGGAGCGCAACCGGGAAGAAUUAUUAAAAAGACCAACAGAAAGAUGAUAGGAAAGCUGACUAACGCCAAGUGUGCUAAACCACCUCCAAUUUGCAUUACAACUGAUGAAUCUAUAACACUGCCAAAUUAUGUUGAUUUGUAUUUGGGCUGUUGUAAAGAUAGCAACUGUCAGAAUAAGUGUUGUCGGACACAAAAAGGUCCUUAUUGCAAAUGUUGUGAUAUGGACACAACGAAAGCUUAUCAAUAUGGCACCGUGGGAAAUCGUAACAACGCUAAAUGCAACGUCGGUGAUUUUUACGAAGAAGCCUGUCAUGUACAGGUUGCUCCCCCAAUGGCAAUCCUUGCAAGGACACCAGAAAUAACUAAAGACAAAUGUCAGUCCCAGAUUUUUGUGUAUGAGAUUUGCUGUGCUAUAAGGCGAUGCGCCAAAGGAGCAUGCUGUGUCGCGGAAAAUAGUACCCGAGCGGCGGCGACAUGCUAUUGCUGUGGUGAUGAAAUAAAACCUGUGACAAUUCCAAGGACACUAGAAAAAAUUGCGGAUAAUUAAAUAUA